AUGAGCUUAAUUAAUCGUGGCAGCAGAAGUUCCGGCGGCGGCGGUGGACCGUGCGGGGCUUGUAAGUUCUUGAGAAGAAAGUGCUUAUCGGGUUGCAUAUUCGCACCUUAUUAUUUGGAUUCCGACCAUUUUGCUGCCGUCCAUAAAGUCUUCGGAGCCAGCAACGUUUCCAAACUGCUACAUCACAUUCCUAUUCACAACCGUUCCUACGCCGCCCUUACCUUAACCUAUCAAGCUCAGGCCCGUCUUACAGACCCCGUCUAUGGCUGUGUCGCUCAUAUCUUCGCUCUCCAACAACAGGUAGUAAAUCUACAAUCCGAGGUCACAUAUUUGCAAUCUCGAUUAGCAACGGCGACGCUUCCACAAACACAACAUGAACGAGCAUAUAAUUCACUGGCAAUGAAACAUGGGUCGUCUCAAUAUCUCCACAAUGAACUAGCAGAAGCACUACAACAACAUAUGUCACCGUAA